AUGGCAGUCAGCCGCGUCCUCGUCAUCGCGGGGUCCGACAGCUCAGGCGGCGCUGGCCUGGAAGCUGAUCAAAGGGUUCUUGCUGCGCAUGGGUGCUAUGCCCUAACGGCGACCACCGGCCUUACUGCACAGAACACCCUCGGUGUGCAAGACAUCUUUGUCGUCCCCGCAGAGUUUGUCAAGAAGCAAAUCAACGCCAAUCUUGACGAUGUCGGUACUGAUGUCGUCAAACUGGGAAUGCUCUCCUCCGCGGAGACGAUUGAUGUCAUUGCGGACGCCCUCAAGUCGUAUCAAAUUCCAUCUGUUGUCUUGGAUCCGGUGAUGGUUUCCACCAGCGGCUCCCAAUUACUACCAGAAGCGGCUGUUCAGGGUCUCCGGAUCAAGUUACUACCUCUAACGACUGUCCUCACACCCAAUAUCCCGGAGGCAAAACUUCUUCUAAAAGACUCCGGGCAGGACAUCUCUGAUCCAGAGGAUCUAGAGGGGCUCAUCCAGAUGACAAAACAGGUUGCUGCAUUGGGUCCUAAAGCUGUCUUGCUAAAAGGUGGCCAUCUAGCCCUUACAAAAGAUCACAAGGCUGCGCAGAAUCCGGACGAGGCCUCGAGGGUCGUUGAUAUCCUUUAUGACGGGGAAGGAAUCACUCUGUUCGAAACGGACUAUCUAGUCUCGAAGAACACUCAUGGGACCGGUUGUUCCCUCGCCUCUGCGAUAGCUGCCAAUCUCGCGCAUGGAAAGGACCUGAAAAGAGCUGUGCGCAGUGCCGUCCGCUUCGUUGAAGCCGGAAUCAAGACGAGCUCGGAACUCGGAAAGGGGAGUGGGCCAAUCAACCAUUUCCACUCCAUGUACUCGCUACCAUUUGCACCAGGUCGCUUCUUAGAGUACGUCUUGGAUCGUCCGGACGUACAGUCAAUAUGGAAGAAGUUCACGGAGCAUGAAUUUGUCCUGGGACUUGGCAGCGGCUCACUUCCUGUUGAACGAUUCAAAGAAUACCUGGCGCAAGACUAUCUAUACCUCGUACGUGCCACCUUCCCAAAUUCGAUCCCAUGCUAA